UCGUGAGGAGGUUGUUUGUUGUUUUGCUGAGGAGCUCGCCGCCGUCCAUUCCCUGUUUACACGUCUCUCUGAGCGUCAAACGUUUACACGACACCAAACGAAAGAGAAGCAGAAACUCCGAGUUUAUUCGGUUCGGCUCGAAAUUUCAACUCAAGCUGACCCGAAGUCGUGUUUAUAAUCUGCUGCAUCGAGCGGAAAGGGCCCGGAAACGGCAAACAUGAAAUGGAUGUUCAAAGAGGAUCACUCCUUGGAACAUCGAUGCAUAGAGUCAGCCAAAAUCCGCAACAAGUACCCUGACAGGGUCCCGGUGAUUGUGGAGAAAGUGUCUGGAUCCCAGAUAGUGGACAUCGACAAGAGGAAGUACCUGGUCCCCUCCGACAUCACAGUGGCUCAGUUCAUGUGGAUCAUCAGGAAACGCAUCCAGCUGCCCUCAGAGAAGGCCAUCUUCCUGUUUGUGGACAAGACGGUGCCUCAGUCCAGCAUCACGAUGGGGCAGCUGUACGAGAAGGAGAAGGACGAGGACGGCUUUUUAUACGUGGCGUACAGCGGGGAGAACACCUUUGGUUUUUAAAUCGAGAAGCCAUCAUCGCGUGCGGCCUUACCUGCGGCGCCGCACGGCCACACUGACCCCCACCUACAUCUAAUCACAGCCCCGACUCGGCCCCUGGAGACACAGAGGGAAGCCCCGGAGAGAUUCAGUGACACGAACGUAACCGAAGGAUGGACCGACUGCUCUCCUGACUGGAUACACAUAAACGAGUGCACCGGUUUGUUGUCUGGCUCAAGUUGCACCAGUUCUUUAUAGAUUCAUAGGUUCAGUUGUGUAUAGUGUGUUACAUUUCAAUUAUUAUUUGUUUGAUGUUGUGAGUGUUUUUAGGAGGAACCUUGAUUUUUUUUUUUUUUUUUUCCACAUUUUAAAUUUUAUGUGUGAAUGACUUUUGCUUUUAGUUAUGCUUUCCUCUUUGAAGACAAUAUUUAAAAGAAUUUUAAUUUAAUUAUUUGAAGGUAAGGUAGCUGGAUGACCUAACCAAUAAAAAGAUUAAAAUUAAA